AUGGACGUGGCUCGGGUGGUUCUGCUCCUGCUGUGCGCUCUGGGCGGUUCUCCUGCUGCUGAUGGAGAACCAGCUGAGGGCACGAGGUUUUCUCAGGAUGCGAUCGAUUACAAGGACCCCUGCAAAGCGGCUGCCUUUCUGGGAGACAUUGCUCUGGAUGAGGAAGACCUCCGAUUGCUUAAAGAUGCACAGAACAGUGAUGAAGCACAGCAACCCGACAAGGCAAACUUAGCUGAUAACGCCACCUCCAACGACACCACCGAGGGAGCUGCUGACCGUCAGAGUCCCCAUCGCCAGAGGAGAGCAGCCACCUCCAGGCCUGAGCGAGUGUGGCCUGACGGUAUCAUCCCGUACAUCAUCAGUGGGAAUUUUAGUGGCAGCCAGAGGGCCAUAUUUCGUCAGGCGAUGCGCCACUGGGAGAAACACACCUGUGUGACUUUCAUGGAGAGGACAAACGAAGAGAGCUACAUCGUUUUCACCUACAGGCCGUGUGGGUGUUGCUCCUUCGUGGGGAGGAGAGACGGCGGCCCCCAGGCCAUCUCCAUUGGGAAGAACUGUGAUAAGUUUGGCAUCGUGGUUCACGAGCUCGGCCACGUGAUCGGCUUCUGGCACGAACACACACGCCCAGACCGUGACAAACACGUAAACAUCAUCAGAGACAACAUCCAACCAGGACAGGAGUACAACUUCCUGAAAAUGGAGGUCGGUGAGGUCGACUCGCUGGGCGAGGUGUAUGACUUUGGCAGCAUCAUGCAUUACGCGAGAAACACAUUUUCCAGAAGCAUCUUCUUGGACACCAUCUUGCCUCGUUAUGAUGUCAACGGGGUCAGGCCGUCUAUUGGACAGCGCACCAGUCUCAGCAUAGGGGACAUUGCUCAAGCCCGAAAGCUCUACAAAUGUGCAAAGUGUGGGGAAAGCCUGCAGGAAAGCACUGGAAACUUCUCAUCUCCUGGUUUCCCCAAUGGCUAUUCAGCAUACACCCACUGUGUUUGGAGGAUUUCUGUCACUCCGGGAGAAAAGAUUGUCCUGAACUUUACCUCCAUGGACCUGUUCAGGAGUAAUUUGUGCUGGUACGACCACGUGGAGGUCCGAGACGGAUUCUGGAGAAAAGCUCCUCUGAGAGGUCGAUUCUGUGGGGACACGCUUCCAGAACCAAUCAUCUCAACCGAGAGUCGACUUUGGGUUGAGUUCAAAAGCAGCAGCAGCUGGGUGGGCAAAGGAUUUUCAGCUGUUUAUGAGGCCAUUUGUGGGGGGGAAUUGGAGCGGGACAGCGGUCAGAUCCAGUCCCCCAACUAUCCUGAUGGUUACCAGUCCAACCAAAUGUGUGUGUGGCAGAUCACAGUAGCAGAAGGCUUUGAAGUUGGCCUCUCCUUUACAUCAUUUGAGAUUGAGAAACACGACACCUGUGCCUAUGACUAUGUGGAGGCGAGGGAUGGCAAUUCGGAGAGCAGCCCCCUCCUCGGACGGUUUUGCGGCUACGACAAACCGGUCAGCGUCAAAAGCAGCUCCAACCACCUCUGGCUCAAGUUUGUAUCCGAUGGUUCUGUCAACAAAGCUGGGUUCACCGCGAGCUUCUUAAAAGAGAUGAAUGAGUGCUCCAUGCCCGAUAAUGGUCAGUGUGAGCAGCGCUGUCUGAACACGCUGGGCAGCUACAGAUGUGCCUGUGAUCCUGGAUAUGAGCUGGCAGCCGACAGACACAGCUGUGUCACAGCUGCUUGUGGCGGCUUUAUCACCGUUCUGAACGGCUCCCUCUCCACCCCCGGCUGGCCCAACAAAUACCCACACAACAAGAACUGUGUGUGGCAGCUGGUGGCCCCCGCUCAGUACAGGAUCACCCUGGUGUUUGAUGGCUUUGAAACCGAAGGAAACGAUGUGUGUAAAUACGACUAUGUGGAGGUGCGCAGCGGGUUGAGCUCGGACUCCAAGCUCAACGGGAAGUUCUGCGGCUCAGAGAAACCUGAAAUCAUCACGUCCCUCCAGAACAACAUGAGGAUUGAGUUCAAGUCAGACAACACGGUGUCCAAGAAGGGCUUCAAGGCUCAUUUCUUCUCAGAUGUGGACGAGUGCUCCAAAGCUAACGGCGGCUGCCAGCAUGAAUGUGUGAACACCUUUGGGAGCUACAGCUGUCAGUGCCGCAGCGGCUUUAUGCUGCAUGAUAAUAAACACGACUGCAAGGAAGCUGGAUGCGAUCACGUUGUCAACAGUGUGUCCGGCACAAUCAGCAGCCCCAACUGGCCCAACAAGUACCCCAGUAAGAAAGCCUGCACCUGGUCCCUGUCCACAACGCCGGGCCAUCGGAUCAAACUCGUUUUUAAUGAGGUCGACAUGGAGGCUCAUCUGGAGUGCGCUUAUGACCAUCUGGAGAUCUUCGACGGCAAAGAUGUUAGUGCGUCGAGUCUGGGGCGCUUUUGUGGCACCAGAAAGCCUUCGCCUGUUGUCUCCAGCAGCAACAAAAUGUUCCUGCGCUUUCUCUCCGACAACUCAGUGCAAAAGAGGGGGUUUGACGCUUCGUAUGGAGCAGAAUGUGGAGGAAGCCUUGAAGCUGAGGUCAAGACAAAAGAUCUGUACUCUCAUGCACAGUUUGGUGAUAAUAACUACCCUGGGGGCUCAGACUGUCUAUGGGUGGUCACUGCAGAGAAGGGGUACGGAGUGGAGAUCAUCUUCCAAGUGUUUGAGGUCGAGGAGGAAGCAGACUGCGGCUACGAUUACGUGGAGCUGUACGACGGCACUGACAGCAAGUCGCCAAGACUGGGGCGAUACUGUGGAUCAGGGGCUCCAGAGGAUGUCUACUCAGCUGGAGACGCCAUCACUUUAAAGUUUCACUCAGACGACAGCAUCAGUAAAAAAGGCUUCCAUGCACGCUACACCAGCACAAAGUUCCAGGACACGUUACACACAAGCGACUGAUUUGUAGCCUUCGGCUCAAACAUUCUGACGGUCCCACCCGUUUCCAGGCAAGGAAUGAAUGUUUGGGUUGAUACCACAGAAACCGA